UGAGAAAUUAAAAAAAGAGAGGGAAAAUUUUCUAAUUUGACCCCCCUCUCUCUCAUUCUCUCAGAUCACCAUCAUAUGUUUUUUUCUAUUUUUUUAUUCAUUUUCUAGAUAUGAGUAAGCUUAGGGAUAAAAGACCUCCAGAAUUAACUGCAACAUCAACAAAUACACAACAAAAUUAUGAUGAUGCAGCUUUAGAAGGUGUUGCUGCAAAUGUGAAGUUACUAUUGAAAUUGAUUCAAGAUCACAAAGAUGCAUGCAAAACACAAAGAAAUGAUGGGAAAAGGAUGUUAAGGGUGGCAGGAAUGAUGACCAUCAUCGACAUGGUUCGAACGAGGAUUCAGAAAUGCCAAUCGUUUGGAACCAAACGAGCGGAGUUUCCAAGGUCGAGUCCUGUUCAAAGCCCAAACAAGGACAAACGGUUAUCCGACUCAACAACGAAUGAUGACAAAGAAAGCCUGAAAAGAGAGCUCAGUGCAACUUUGGCUGCGCGAAAGAGUCUGGAAAUCAUGUGCUCCAGUUUGGGUAAAGAAAAGGAGAUAAUGAUGGGAGAGUUGACGAAAAAAGCACACGAGUUAGCUGAAAUGGAGGAACAUAUAAACCACCUUAAAGCACAAAACGAGACGUUGUUGGAGAAGGUACACGAAUGCGCAGAAGUGCAUAAGGAGGAAGAAAAAGAGAAAGAAACACAAGGAACCAUAGAGCUUCAAGAACAUAACAAGUCACUUUCAAAGCAACUUUUGAAAUUAUUAGAUGAAUACAGGUCAAUGAAAAGAAAACUAAAAGACGCGCAUGAAGAGAAUACGGUGAUGCAGUCGACAAUAGAGGAAACGGGAGUCAAAGUUAGUUGCAGUUUAGAAAAGAUACGAAACUAUCGACAACAUCUCACAACAGAAAGUGAUGAAAUUGUGGACAUUGAAGAAGGGAUGACAGAGUUAGAGCAUAUGUUGAAGUGUUUUGAACUAAAUGAGAAAAGAAAUGGCAAAAAGGGUGGUGAACAUGUGAAAAAAACACAUAUACAGUCGUAGAAGAUGAUACCGAAAAUUGUAUGUUCAAUAAAGGGAAUCAUCUGUGAGGUCUGUAUUUGUAGCGCGUGUACGGUCCCAUGUAACAUGUAAAGAAACAACUCUAAUAUUUAUCUUUAAUGACUAG